CAGGUCUUGACACCAAGAUGGCGGAUUAGACGAAAAAUCUGAAAUGCCUUAUCGUUUUGUUUUACGUGAUUUUACCCGUAUUUCAGCCUACAGACGUCCUUUUUGGGUCGAAUUGAUAAGCAGAAAUUAUGCGACAAAUCUCGAAGUCAAAUCUGUGGACGAAGGGUAUCACAUUCAGCGGUUAUUUCAGGGAAUCAUUCGAGGCGACCGUGGAAGUUUAGCGCAAGCCAUAACAUUGGUGGAAACUCUUCAUCCAAUAAAAUAUCACCAGGCACAGAAACUGCUCUCCAGGGUUGUUAAACAUUCAAAACAUGCACCUCCAUUCUCAAAUGGCCAGCCGUGCUCCUUCAGGAUUGGUUUAUCAGGCCCCCCAGGAGGUGGAAAAUCUACAUUUAUUGAGACUUUUGGGAAUUUUCUAACCAACGGAAAGCAUCGGGUUGCUGUUUUGGCAGUGGAUCCUUCAUCCUCUACUACAGGUGGAUCCUUACUGGGCGACAAGACACGAAUGACAGAGUUGUCACGAAAUCUCAAUGCGUACAUUAGGCCGUCCCCCUCAUGUGGAACGCUGGGUAAUCUCAAAUUUUCUUACAGCUGCCUUAAUGUCAAAAAUCAGAUAUAGAGCAAGUGCCUCCUCAUAGGUGUCUGCCCAGGUGGCCAUAAUUUUUCUGAGAUCUCACCCAACAUUGCAGUAAAGAUUGCGACAACAACAACAUUAACGAUGUAGUCAACUAUGAUGAUGAUGAUAAUCAAACACCUCGGUUACAUCAUCUCGUAACUAAUUUACAAGGAAGUGUGUAGCAGCUGGGGGGGGAACUAACAAUCAGUUCUUAGGAGUUAAAGGUUCAAGAUGUUGACAAUUUAAAAAUGAAAUAAUAACAUUCACUUUGGCUCUCAACAAGUUCAUAUUAAACCACAGUCUCUAAUAUACCCAUUUGGUAAAAGCCCAGAAUUAAGUCCCCUGGAGUUCACUAGUGCAUUUGUGCUACUAUAGGAAAAAAAUAUAUAUUCUGAUCUUUUAUAACUUUAUGCUUGUAGGUGGUGUAAACCGGAGCACAAAUGAAGCCAUUCUUCUUUGUGAAGCUGCUGGUUAUGACACUAUCUUGGUAGAAACAGUGGGAGUCGGACAAUCAGAAAUUGCCGUUGCCUCCAUGGUAGACAUGUUUGUUCUUCUUAUUCCACCAGCUGGUGGUGAUGAACUCCAAGGAAUCAAAAAAGGCAUCGUGGAGAUGGCAGAUCUUGUGUUGGUCAAUAAAUGUGAUGGAGAACUUGUUAUUCCAGCUCAGAGAAUACAAACAGAGUACAUCAGUGCUCUGAAAUUGUUAAAGAAAAAGUCAGCUCAGUGGAAUCCCCCGGUAUGAUUAACCCUUUACGUCCUAACAUCAGUCUGUGCACUCUCCACACUGUUCUAUACACACUUCCUAGGGUGCUGACAAGGAGAAUUUGUCUAACAAUCAAGAGCUUCUUUAGUUCAUGAUCAUUUCCCUUAUUCUCAUGACCCUAAUGUGUGAUCCAGGGAUGAUAUUGUGUUGAGAAAUAAGAUGCUAAUCACUCUUAGGAGUCAGAGGAUUUUAACUUACAUUUUUUGGUAUUUAUACAGUUCUUCUUCUUUCUUUUUAUGAUUUAUUUUGUUAGGUCACUUAGUAUUAAUUUUAAUGUAAUGAGAUGAGAUUUUCAAUAGCAAAUAUUUGUUGUUAUUUUCACCAUUUUUAUAAGAAGUUGAUAAACAUUUUUUAUUGUAAAUUAUUUAUUAUUUUUACUUCAUUUUGAACUUUCAGGUUCUCCGUGUUUCGUCCAGAACUGGUGAUGGUAUUGAGAAAGCUUGGGAAACUAUGCAGCAGUAUUACAAUAUUAUGGUUGAAAAUGGUGAACUUGAACAAAGACGUUGUAAACAGCAUGUUGUCUGGAUGUGGAAUCAUAUCAGAGAACAAAUCAUGGGAAGAUUUAAAUCAAAUCCUGAAGUUCAAAGAGAAAUUUGUAACUAUGAAAAAUUAGUAGCAGAUGGGGAAGUCACACCAGGAAUGGCAGCUGAUGAGCUUCUUAAAAUAUUCUCACAUUCAUCUAGUACAUGAGUUCCAUCUUCUUACAGGUUGCCCUUUGUCUGCUCUUUCAGGAGAAUCUUUCGUUAACCCUUUAACUCCCAUCAGUGACCAAGUAAGAAUUUCUCCAUACAAUAUGAAUACAAUAUUAAGAAGAUAAGUGAUGAGAAUACAGUAAAUUAUCAAUUAGGGGAUUAUUAGCUUAUCCAAUGUCAAAUUCUGCAAACUAACAUCUUAAGAAUUAUAUGGUUGACAGUAAGGAGAAUUACUAAUGAGAUCUUUGGAGUAAAAG